AUUAACCUGAAAUGUAAAGGCCGCCAUUCACGAUCGCUCCAUUCGUCCAAAUGGCGCGGUGUCGCUCCAAAAUUAUACCGUGAAUGCGGAAACUGAAGUCCAUUGGCGUGGCGUGGUGGGCUCGUUUGGAUAUUCUGUGAUUGGCGGAAACGUGGUCCAUUCUCAUGCCAGUCCUGCCACGAGCCUUCGUCCAGUCAAGUUGAAACUUGCAUAAUGUCGGGGCGUGAUUUUGUUAUUGAUGUGAUUGAUAAAUAUAGAGAGUUGCCAUGUUUGUGGCAGGUAAGUAGUGAUGACUAUCGCGAUAAAGCUAAACGAAGCUCUGCAAUGGACCAAUUGUUGGUUUUAUUUAAAACGAAAGAUCCUGCCGCCAACAAAGAAACCGUGCAAAAAAAAAUAAAUUCACUUAGAAGUUGCUUCAGAAAGGAGCAUAAUAAGGUCAAAGCCUCACAAAAAUCUGGUUCAGGACAAUAUGAGGUCCAUGUACCUAAAUUAUGGUACUACGACCAUAUGCUGUUCUUGGAGGACCAGGACAUACCGAGAAGGAGCCAGUCGGUUGAUUCAAUUUUAGACGCCAUGCCUUUUGGCUAUGAGAUUGAGAAUUUCGAAGAGAAUCCUGCAGAUACAGAUGACAGCCAAAGCACAUCAUCCAGUGUUCCCUCGCGACCCUCAACAAGUGGCUUCAAAAGGCCGAAAUCUAAAGCGGACCAGGUUUUAGAGAAAAUUGCCAAAAGGAUGGAUGAACGUCGCAAUGAUUCACAGCAGCAAAUUACACAACCGUACGACUCUUUUGGUGACUAUGUUGCUGAAAAAUUAAGAUCAAUGCCGCGAGCAAUGGUACCUAUAAGCCAAAAACUGAUCAGUGAUGUACUUUUUUAUGGAGAGAUGGAAAAACUCGACAUGUCAUCAGGGAUCACAAUCACUACCAAGGAAACAUCCCAAGGAACUGCACGCACAAAUGAAAAUCCUUGCUAGGAAUUCGUUAAACGCACAUGCGCAAGAUAUCGCGGUGUGACGACCCAUCCUAAAAGCAGUCGUUCCGCAACCACUGAACGAACAACAGACAACAGGCUUUCAUGUGUUCAAAUGGGUACAGCUUUAAGAUUACCUCACAAUUGCACAGUGAUUUAAUCUAGAAUAUUAUCGCAACACCCACAGAACACAUUAGAGGUUCACACGCUACUCUUAACUGCUUGAUGUUUUAAGUCUGUGUGCAGUAGAGUAAAACUCUGACUUAUCAUACUUCCCACCAAUAGCAGCCCUCUAGUCGAGCUGAUAAGUAACAUUCCCCCCAGCAGGGUUUUUCUCGUCAUCUGUGGACAGAUGCCAGUAAAACCAAUGUCGCUGCUGCUGAAAACGUUUAAUUUAUUAUUCACACAGGCCAAGGAAUUAACUCAUCAACACAUACUACAUAUGCAAAUCUAUUAAAGAAAAUAUUUAAGAUUUAUGGCACCCCUACAGACAAUAUCCCUUCAGUCAAACUCUGACAACUAUUUAAACAAAAAAUUGACAUAAAUCACAAUAAAAGUUUUAAAAUCCACAAAACAAGGUCAAAUUCUGUAUGUCCAACAAACAUUGGUUUCAAGAAAACAAUGAAAUAACUCCUACCAAAUGGCAAGCCCAUAAAAUUUGAUAGUUGCCAAUUGUUUCACAGUGCAAACAAAAUAUUUUGAAGACCACAUAAAGAAGUCAGUGUGCAAUGGGAAUAACUGCACUUCAGGCUCUCUCUUCUGCUUCUACUGCUGUAUUCAUUCUGGCCUAUUUCAACCAAUAUUAAUCAGCCCAAAGGGCUUGUUAAUAGCAUAUGUUGUCAUGUAGCGUAGAAAAAGUUGAUCAGCAUUUCAGAGGUCCUUGCUGCCUCCAUCAUAAGAGUUAUGAGUAAUAGAGGCAGCAAGGGCCUCAGACACAAUGGUAAACUUCUACCACACUACAUGGCACAACCACCUAGAAGACAGCCAUCCUCUGACUUCCUGCUGUGAAAAUAUGUUGUCAGCAUCAACAUUUUUGCAACACAAAUUGCAAAAUUACACUUUUGUAUAUUUAAUUAUAAUUAAACACAAAACAACUUAAAAAUAAAACUUAAAAACCUACAUCUUUAUUCAUGUAUACAGUUCUAGGAAACUACUCACACUCCCAAAACUUGUGAAAAAGUUUCAGCAAGAACAUGUACACAUACACAGACAAUUUCAGAAAAAUGAGACAACUGCAGCACUGCCAAUACAUGAUAUGAUUUUGAGAAAAAUCAAUCUCAUUCUUUUCACAUUCAGUAGUUGUUAUUCAUACCACAACAGACUGUGUAUCACAUACCUUUGCAUCACCUCUGUUCACUUUGAAGAUUAUAUGAAACUUAUUUCUCUCAUUGAACAUCAAAACACACAAGCACAUGAGAGUGCCUUUCUACCAUUUUCUGAACAAGACAAGUAUUUUCAAAACUCUUCCUCUAACUAUUCUGAUUAUUUCAACAAACAGUUUGUUUUUGUUAACUGGAAUGUACAAUUAUAAGGAGUGCCUAGACCCAAGAAGGCUUAAAUGAGAAAAAUAACAGGUAUCUGAACAUUGGAAUUUUGUUGUACUUGUCUACAUAAUGUUUAAAAUCUCCUACUCAUUUGUAUCACUCCACUUUCCUUUAAAAUUAGUGAAGCUGCAAACCAAUAAACAUUUGGGGCCAACAAAUCAGAUCAACAAAUUCACAGGGCCUAGAAGACAAGUGAUGAAGUGACUGAGAAUGAGGAGUGUGAAAAGUGUGGAGUACUUCAGCAUGUUUACACAAAGGCCCAACACUACAUCAUACUAAAAUUAAAAAAUUUAAAAAAAAAAGAAGGCGGCAGCACAUUAUGAAGUAUUUCAGUUAUAACCAUAGGUUAGACUUUGUUAAAAUGUGAAUUUUAACUUGGCAGAAAGUAGAAUAAGUGUCUAUCAUCUUGCAACACAAAAGGAAAAAUGUGCCAAGAAUGCACUUUCAAACUCCAGCUACUAAAAUUAAAAAUAUGUAAAGAUGGCAAUACAAAAGCCAAAAUGUGAAGUGAGAAAACAUAUAUAUGCCACUAAUAAUUACACAUACAAAAUCUGUAUA